AUGACAAUUCCGAUCGAAAAGACAUCGAGCCGAGUUGAAAACAAAGAGGUUGCGGGGAUAUCAGAAAAGACUGAGGAAGAUGUUCGCCCGAUCAAAGGCUUCCGUUGGAUUCUUGUAUGCGUCUCGCUAUACAUCACCUGUUUCCUCUAUGGCCUUGAUACAACGAUUGCAGCAGAUGUUCAGGGGUCCGUAGUUGAAGCACUCGGCCACAUAGAACAGCUCGCUUGGAUCGGGGCUGGCUUUCCACUUGGAUCCGUUGCAGUUAUCGUACCGCUCACGGCUGCCUUUACCAACUUCAAUCUAAAAUGGACGUUCAUUGUCACGGUGAUCAUCUUCGAAGUUGGUUCUGUUCUCUGCGGUGCGGCUCCGAAUAUGAACGCCAUGAUAAUCGGUCGAGUCAUUGCUGGCAUGGGCGGAACCGGUAUCUAUCUUGGUUGCCUCAACUAUUUUUCAUCUUUGACAACUCCUAAAGAACGUGGGACUUACAUUACCCUAAUUGGAUUUUGUUGGGGCAUUGGGGCAGUCCUUGGUCCAGUCGUCGGUGGUGCAUUUUCGGUGUCUUCUGCGACAUGGCGUUGGGCCUUCUAUAUCAACCUUGUGAUAGGUGGUGCUUUAACACCCAUCUAUCUUUUCCUAUUACCACCAUUGCAUCCCGUCAAAGGUGUCUCAAUCCGAACCAGGCUUUUACGUCUUGAUUUCGUCGGGUUCAUCCUCGGAGCAGCUGUAUGGGCGACAUUUGCACUAGCACUGACAAUGGCUGGUGGACAAUGGCCGUGGAAUGAUGGAAGAACAAUCGCCAUGUUCGUCGUGUUCGGUGUUUUGGUGAUUGGCUACGCUCUACAACAACGUUUCUGCAUAUUCACAACCCCAGAGACGCGUUCAUUCCCGAUAAAGCUACUCUUCACCCGCACUCACUUGUUGCUAUAUGUGGCCAUGUCGGCUAAUAGCGCGACAAUGUUUGUUUUUCUUUAUUUCUUCCCUAUAUACUUCCAAUUUGUUCACAACGAUACGGCCUUGGAAGCUGCCGUCCGCCUAUUACCAUAUGUCAUCAUCACGGUGACAUUCAACCUCGCAGCCGGCCGUCUACUAUCCAAGGUGAAACGAUAUAUGCCCAUAUAUGUCAUUUCGGGAGUCUUCUUGACGAUUGGUGGCUCAUUUAUGGUUGCUUACCUGAAGCCAUCGACUUCUAUAUCUGUCAUUUAUGGCCUGUCGGUGAUUAAUGCUGUCGGUACUGGUCUCACUCUUCAGAUUGGCUAUGCCGUUGCAUCCCUUGUUGUGGACCCGAAGGAUAUUGGAGACGCUAUCAGUCUGCAAAAUUUUUCACAAAUUGGUUCGAAUCUUAUCUCGCUCGUUAUUGCCGGCCAAAUAUUUCAAUCCGUGGCUGUCAGAAAUCUGGAAAAGGUCCUGGACGGCACGAGUUUUUCGCAUAAAGAAAUAGUUGAUGCGGUGUCCGGCGCGCAGAGCACAUUGUUUCAGCAGCUCAGCGGCGAGCUGCGUAACCAAGCUGUUCACGCAAUCACUCAGGCCAUUCAACAGGCUCUGAUCUUGCUGCCAGUAGGAGGUGGUGUCAUACUACUGGCAGCGCUAAUCAUGAAACGAGAGCGUCUCUUUGGAGAAAUUGUUGUCGUUGGAGCAUAA